AUGGCCUCCCUGGGAGGACCGAUUGUAGAUUGCACCCCUCUCCUGGAGAGGCUAGAGGGCUAUAACGCCCAACCUUCUCUCUCUGGUAUGACUUGGGCCCACAAUAAUUGGCACAAUCCACAAGCGGUAGCCGGCAGAAUUUCCACCUUGGCUAAUGAACAAAAACUGAAACAAGGAAAGGGGAAGGCAGUAGUUUGUGCAGUUUUAGAAGCAGCUCUGGUGGCAGCACAACGGAAUAAACACAUGGCCCAACACGUAGAAGGGGAGACAAUAAAAUCCCUUCAAGAUCUGGUGGGGGCUCUGCAGGAGCAAUUAGGAAAUGAGACAAGACAACUCUCUGAUCAGCUUACCGCCGAGCGGGUGACUAACCAAUGGCUACACACCACUUUGACAGAAGCUUUGGAGUGGGAGCGAAUAUUGCGGGAACAAUUAGAUGAAAUCCGCUCCCCAAUUGGUGUAGAAAAUUUGGAUGCCGAUUCUGACGAGGGGAAAAAUCCAAAAUCGUUAUACCCUCUUAAAGACCUAGACCCUAUAAGAGAAAUAUUUUCCCUUGGGGAGGGAGCUGUAAUGCGACCUUUGAUUAAAACUGAGACUGUGGAUGGUGGUCAAGGAGGGGCCCAACAAGUUACCACUCAUAUCAUUCUCUAUUCUCCCACUGAUUUGGGUAAAAUUCAGGAGAAAUAUUCCCGGGGCCCCCGAGAAACUGAAACUGAGUAUGUGUGGAGAGUGUCUCUUACCGGGGGUGACCGUAUCUUGCUGAGUGAGGACAAGGCGAGAGGAUAUUGGGGUCCGGGAGUUUUUCUAACCACAAAUGACAACAGAGAAACCUGGUCCCUGACCCAAAGAGUGGCAUACUGGGCGGGUGGAUUGGAUCCCAUGGAAAGGGGAGACCCCUUCUCGAUUAAAACGCCUACGGCGGGGCACAUUUUAGAGAGUGUACAGAAAACUGCGUGUCUCCAGUUGGUGCAUGACCAGUUAUUGGUUCCGCAGCAGCCCUCUCCCAUGCAAUAUGUGGCAGACCCCGACAGGUUGCAUCCCCUUAUAAGAGGAUUACCUGAUGCUUUGAAAUUAUAUGCGGUGCAACUACAAGAUCGGUUGAGGGCGCCCCGACCCCGGAGGAGGGGAGGUCCCCCGGAGACGACAUGGGGAGAGGUGGCACAAGAAUUGAUUAAUUACGGGAGAUGGAUGGGAUUUACUGGCCAGGGAGAGACAAAAUCCAAGGCGGACCUUAGGAGGGUGGAAGGCAAUGGGGGAAUAAAAGCUGCAGCCCCGAGGCUGACGCGGCCCCCGAUAGUAAAAGAUAUGCGUUAUGGACAGAAGGCAUCUCAAAGGGGAUUCCCAGGGAGGUGA